AUGACGACAAGGGGGGGUGGAAAAGUGGGCAGCAAUGGGGCCUCUGAAGAAUUCGAAACUUCAUUCUUGGAGGCUUUCGUGCCUGCAUUGCCUCAUCUUGCAGCCAAACGCAUCAAGGUAGCCGUCAAUGCCGGCGCUAGCGACACAAAAAAGCUAUACGAGGUUGUGGUCAAUAAGGUUCGGGAGGCUGGUCUGGACCUCAAAGUAGCCUGGGUUGGAGGUGACGAGGUCUUUGAUGUCGUGUCAAAAGCAAUGGACAGUGGGUCCGAGUUCAAGAGCUUGACCACAGGAAAUAAACUGUCUGAGUGGGAGAACAAGCCAAUCUAUGCCCAAUGUUAUCUCGGAGGUUUUGGAGUCGCAGAGGCCCUCAAGCAUGGUGCGGACAUUGUACUCUGCGGACGUGUAGCUGAUGCCUCCCCAACGAUUGGCUGCGCGGCCUAUCACUUCGGCUGGUCUCAGCAGAGCUACAGAGAGCUUGCUCAUGCAUUUGUUGCUGGUCACUUUAUCGAGUGCUCAACAUAUGUGACAGGCGGAAAUUUCACUGGCUUCAAGGAUCUACCUGGCGAAUCACUCAACCUUGGAUUUCCCAUUAUUGAGAUGAAAGAGAAUGCCGAAUUCAUUGUGACGAAACAAAAGAACCGCGACGGAAUAGUGACCGUCGAUACCUGCAAAGCUCAGCUGCUGUAUGAGAUUCAAGGGCCAUACUACUACAACUCCGACGUUGUAGCCAUCUUGGACAAGAUCCGGAUCACGCAAGUAGGCAAAGACCGAGUACACGUUAGCAACGCGGGCAGCAUCAAGCCUCCACCGACCACAAAGGUUGGACUCACGGCGAAGGGCGGAUAUCAGGCUGAAGCGCACUACUUCCUAUGUGGUCUUGACAUUGAAGAAAAGGCAGCGAUGCUUGAGCGUCAAGUGCGUGUGGCCCUCGACGAGUCGAAGUAUCAUUGUCUGAAGUUCCGAGCCAACGGUCGUUGUCCCGAAAACCCUAACACACAAGAUGCAGCAACCGUAGACUUGCGAGUCUUUGCGCAGUCCAAAGAGGAACCUGCUCUGGCUACUGCGAACUUCUUCCGCCCGGUCACAGACACAAUCAUGCAAAGCUACCCAGGUGCUACCUUUGCAGUAGAUGCCCGACAAGCUGUCCCCAAGGAAUACUACGAAUACUGGGUCGCACUUUUGCCACAGAAAAGCAUCAAGCACACUUGCUAUAUUCCGUUCAAGGGGCUAGAAAUCCCUAUCCCCGCACCAACCGACACACAAGAUUUCCUCUACGAACAAGAUACAUAUGAAACCAACGACCCGAUUGAUCUCAGCUCCCUGGGUCCCACAACCAGAGCGCCUCUGGGAUACAUCGUGCAUGCAAGAUCUGGCGACAAGGGUUCAGACUGCAAUGUUGGUUUCUUCGUCCGUAACGCUGAUGAAUGGGACUGGCUACGAAGUCUUUUGACGGUGGACAAGGUACGAGAGCUGUUGGGUGGAGAUGAUACUGGAAAGCCUAUCUUCCGAUUCGAGCUACCCAAUAUCUGGGCUGUACACUUCUUGCUCAAAGAUCAUCUUGAUCGCGGUGUUGCUUCUAGCUCUACCUACGACGUCCUGGGCAAGAAUAUGGCGGAGUAUCUGAGAUGCAAGUUGGUCGACAUCCCGACACGAUAUUUGGAGCGCGGAAGAAUUUAG